GAUGAUCGAUCCAGCUGUGUUAUGUGGUCACGCCCACUCACGCUGAUGCGAGUAUAGAUUCCUGUCGAGCUGUCUACUCUCUGGGGCUUUGAUUACUGAUUUUUACGCCUAGUGUUAUCUUUUUCAUUCUUACAACAAUACAAGAUUGCGUCUCGACAAUGAUUUCAAGGCACAUCAGAAAACUAGGGGCUCAAAUGAUCCCAUCUGCCUCAAAAACGGUUCAACAACAAUUGACCCAGUCCCUGUCCACGCACCAUCCCGUGUGUAUGCGGGCAUCUACCGGCGUGGGAAAAUUCAACGAACCGCUGUCUGGAAUGGAGAUGCCGCGGGCUGGUGGAAUAGCCACAAUGAUGAGACUCCCAUAUCAAAAUACAUCUGAAGGACUGGAUGCCUGUUUUGUUGGGAUUCCGCUGGAUAUUGGAACAUCAAAUAAAUCAGGAACCAGGUUCGGACCAAGACAGAUCCGCACAGAGUCGGUUCUUUUGAGAAACAACAACAGCAUUGGUGCUGCCCCGUUUGAGUCACUUCAGGUCGCCGACAUCGGGGACGUCACUCUUAACCUGUAUGACCUUAAGAAAUCUUGUGAGAUGAUACGAGAGCAGUAUGCCACCAUCAUUGCCAACGGAUGUAAACCGUUAACUCUAGGAGGGGACCACACCCUGACAUAUCCCAUCCUUCAAGCAAUUAAGGAUAAAUACGGUCCCGUAGGUCUGGUUCACGUCGACGCCCACGCUGAUGUGAGCGACACCAUGCUCGGUGAGAAGAUAGCCCAUGGUACCCCGUUCCGCCGGGCUGUAGAGGAUGGUUGCUUGGAUUGCAAGAGAGUCGUUCAGAUUGGUCUCAGGGGAACACAGUAUAGCGUAGAACCUGGACAAAAAUCCUUCAAUGAAGAAGUGGGCUUCCGGAUCGUGCCUGUCGAAGAGUGCUGGCACAAGUCGAUGUCUCCACUGAUGGAGGAAGUCAGAGGCAUGAUGGGAGAUGGACCGGUCUAUCUCUCGUUUGAUAUAGAUGGUAUAGACCCGGGACUAUGUCCAGGAACAGGUACUCCUGAGAUUGGUGGUCUGACGUCUAUUCAAGCGUUAGAGAUCAUCAGAGGAUGUAGAGGGCUCAAUCUUGUCGGCGGUGACCUUGUUGAGGUUUCCCCUCCAUAUGACGACACUGGUAUAACAGCUUAUACAGGAGCUCAUCUGUUGUUUGAGAUGCUAUGUGUUCUGCCUGGAGUUCGAUAUCUUUAGUGCGAAGUCAUCUGUGAGGUGGGUUCAAGUUCACUGAAGGAAGAUGACUUUGAUACUCCUUGCGUGUAAUCAUAGUCUUCUGAAUAAAACUUUGCAAUGACACGCAACUAAAACACUCAGUCAAAAAUGUGCCUUGUAUAUUUGAAAGCAGCUUUAGUUUUCAAAUUUUAAAAUGAAAUUGCAAAGCAAAAUUUAGAUUUCAAGUUGAAAUUCUGUCUCAAAUUCCAUUAAUAUGGAAUUAUAUUUUUUUUAUAAAGAGAAAAGGUAAAUAUUUUUAUAACACAAAAGUUUAUUUCAGUAUAUUCUGAUUUAAUCAAAUAUAUUUAUGGAAUAAAUUGUAUGUACAAAAAAGCUAAUUUCAUUGCUAUAUUGCACUGAGAGAAAUCAUGUCGAACAUGCAGCCUGGACAUUCCUUAAUCAUAGGUUACGUGAAAGUUAAAGGGAUGCAUCACAUUUUCUUUUCUCUCAAUUCACCAUUUCCUUUAUGGCCAUACACACUAGAGGGGAUGUGGGCAGGGGGAAUUGCCCCCCCCCCCCUGAAAUUUUGAAAAUUUAUAUUUUUCUACUGAAAAUUUUCACAAAACCCACCAAAAUUGCACACAAAUUCCUGUAAUUCAUUUCUGGGAAUGUGAAGUGCCCAGAUUACAAGCUUGGUUGCUUUUCUCCCUCACUUUCAAGUUUCUUCAAAAUUUCAAACGCAUCUCCAUCCCCCACCACCCCGGAAAAAUUCUAUGUACGGCCAUGUUUGCUUUAUAUUAAAGGGCAAGUCUGAACUUAAAACUGCAUACAUAAUAGUAGAAAAAUAUUAAAUCAAAAUUGCUAGAUCUGUGCAGUUCUAUUUGCUUAAUAUAAGCCUGUAAAAAUUUCGGCAUUGUGCCAUUGGACAUAUGAUAAAUGUACUACAUUUUCUGCACCAAUAUUUUUUGUUACAGACUUACCCUUUUAUGAAGUAUACAAUAGCUUGCCAUGUGGUAAUAAUAAUAAUAAUAAUAAUAGUGAUAUUUUAUUUAGCGCGCACACCGUCCAGAGACGCUCAUGGCGCUAGGCCAGCAACAGUUCCUUUAGAUAACAAAUAUUAUAUACACGUACAUUACAAACAGCUCCGUAGAUAUAAAUAGAAAUCUUGAGUCACUACAAGUAUCAUCCUGGAAAUUCCCAGCUACAUCCUGGUGGGGCCUGGUGCCCUUGUGCUUGUUUUUGGUAGGAUGCCUUUAUGUGUCAGUUUAUUGGAAAGUAGUUUUAGUACAACUUUCUUGUAGAAUCUUGACAAUUAACCUCAUUACCUAUUGUGGAUGUGUGUAUAAUUCAUCAGUCAAAAAAUUUACUAAAGAGCUUUCCAAAGUCUUUCUAGAGUCUUACAAAGAGUUGCAAUUUAUCCAAUCAAUCACAACUAUGGAAAGCCAGGAAUGUCAACAUCUGAAAUACAUAUUUGUUCAAAAUAUUUUCUAACUAUGAUGUAUUCAUACAUCCAUGGUUUUCUUGAAAAUUCAGUGUGCUUCUUUUAGAUUACAAAGGGCACUUUUUUAAUUUACUUGUAGAAGUUAUUAUGACAAUACUGGAUUUCCAUAGAAUUGCGAUUGAUCGGAUCAAUUGUAACUCUUUUAGCCCACCUGCCAAAAAUUACUACACUGUAUUCUGUUUAGAUUGGACCAUUAUGUGAAUUUCCAGGACUUUUUGUUUUGUUAUGUUUUCCAGCCAGUUCUCUUGGUGCAUUUUAGGGGUCACUCAAAUUAGCCCCAAGCCCCAUGUAAUUUUUCUUUGUUUUGUAUUAUGUUUAAAUUGGAAAAAAAGGUUGUCAGUACUUCACUUCUUAUGCAAUCCUGUGGUUAAAAUUUCAAUCUGUUAAUUUGUAUUUGGAUUAUAUUACUCUGUAUUAGGUUUGAAUGAAAUGAAGUACAGAAAUGAAUAAUUGAAUCAUGUGUAUAUAUAUAUAUAUAUAUAUAUAUAUGUAUAUAUAUAUAUAUAUUGCUUUAACUAUGGGGUGCUCAUGUGGUCUUCAGUAUGUACAUGUACAUAUAGUCUUUCACAGGAGUGGUCACUGAGAUUAAAUUGGUUUCAGCUAAGUAUUCAAAGCAUUACGUGAUGAUUUCUUACACAGUAAGCUUUGUUUACUGGGCUCUUUUCUCCUGCCUUUGAACUUGAUGAAAAUAACAGUAUUAAUGUUAUCUUUUGGUAUUAUGUGAGUGACAAAUGUGAUGAUAUAAUUGAUGAUCUACUUUUAUGUUGAUAGAGACUUGUGUUAAUUUUUGGCUAUACCCAUAGUUAAAACCAUAUAGAACAUGGUUUUAGUUCAACACAAGUUCAGAAUAUGGGCCAACUGAAUCGAUUUACUUUAAUUACAAUGAUAUGGAAAGAAAUUGAAGAACAUAUGGACUUCUCACUAAAAAUUAUUAACUAUGAACUUGCCUGCCAAUAUCGUUAAAGAACUUAAUUACAGUUCAAAGUCAAGUUUACCAGUUAUUUUUGAUAAUGGACAGUACUUUUUUCUGGGAAAUUAUGAUUAUUUUUAUAUAACUUUAUAUGAAUAUAAUUUUUUUUAAAUCUAUGACUGAAUGUAUUCCAGAAUUUAAUAUGUUAUCUUUUAUAGGUGUCUGAGGGUAUUUGAAAAUGAAUACAAAUUAAUUUGAAAAAGUG